AUGGACUUUUGGUCGCGCCUCAUAGCAAACACCCGCUUGUCUUCGGGGAGCUCGAGCAAGGAUGCCGCACGGGAUCCCAUAAGACGUCGACAACGCUUCGAGAAGGAAUACGGUCAACUCCUACAAAUAUGGAGAAAUUGCCCAAAUAUCGCCCGAGACGAAGAUGCCGCCGAGAACAUUGAACUCCGCCUCCAGGGGCUCACCAAUAUACUCGCCGACGAAUCCCGACGACCGUUACCUCAUCCUUGUGUAUCCUUCUCCGCUACUAAACAGAUCUACGUCCCGAUCGCCAAAAUAGCGACAUCGUCGUACAAUGAGUGGAUUAUUAAGGAGGCCGUCUUAUUUUUUGCUACUCUUAUCGAAAGUGAAGAGGAGGCCUUCGUCGAAAGUGAGGCGUUUUCCGCGAGCUUAACCAAUCUCCUGGUUCGUAUAACGGGCAUCAACAGUAUUCGAUUAGGUCCCGAAACUGAAGUCAAGGUUGUCGAGUUGGCGUUUAAUAUCACCACUAAGAUCCGCCUUCAACCCGGUAUCCUCUCUGCUUGGUUUAAAUCCCACCCCGAGAGCCAUACAAAUGACGAGAAGACUAAGGACCAGAGGGAGAAGUUUGCCGGAAAGAUUCAGAAGCAGGACUUUCCGCUUUUCUAUCUAUUGAUGGACUAUAUACAUCAUGAAGGGAAAAUAGGUGACUUCGCUCGGACUGGUCUGUUAUAUAUCAUCGAAGCCGCUUCUUCCUCUGUUGCCCUGGAACAGUGGAUCGUAGAGAGUGACUUGUCGACCCUGAUGGCUACCGGACUUGGCGCGUUAUAUAGUCAACUGAGUCGAAAGCUUGUUAUCGACCAUCCCCCGGAGAACCUCCCUCCAGUUCUUGCUUUGUCCGAUUAUCAACAUCCUACAUCAACCUUUGAGAUUGUUAGUUCUUGCAGCCCGGAUUUUCAGCUGCAUUUAGAGACGUUCCUAUCCCAUCUGCUAUUCUGGCAGGAUGUCCUUAACCACUGUCGAUCGGUGGAAGUGAAAUCAACUCUUCUCGAGCAUUUCCAAGUCAUUUUUCUACAACAACUACUGUACCCUUCCCUCUUGGAGUCUUCAGAUGUAGAUGGAGGCUCGUCAGUGGCCGUCUUAACUUAUCUUCGACGUAUACUAGAAGCUUUAGAUCACCCCGAUAUGAUCAACCUCAUCCUUCACUACUUGCUAGCUCUCCCAGAUGCGAAGUCAACCGCGCCGCCUGAUGCCGAGCCGUCGGUUAGCGCUGCGCGAAAGCGAAAGUCUAUGGACCUCGCCACUAUGAUGGCUACUAAAGUCGAACCUAGCUAUACACCCCUAUUAUUUAAUCUAGUUGAUUUAAUUCGAUCAUGCCUGAAGUCUCGGAAUCAGCAGACCGUGUGUGUUACGCUUCAGCUUGUGGCGGCGAUCCUUAAGCGGCAUCACCGAUACGCGACUACUACUCUUCUUCACACAGAAGGUAUCGAUACCAAUACUUCUCGUAGAACUGUGGGUGCUCAUGAACAAGAAGUCGAGUUUCUCACUACCCUAGCCGGGUCUAUUGGGGGCCAAGACAAUUUCAAUGAGAUAUACGAGAACAUCCUGAAAGAUAGCAUGUCGCGUGUAGAAGGUCACCCAUGUUCUCUCAAAUUGGUUACCCCAAACCUUCCCACAAACAGCCCCAAGCUACCAAUAAUUCCUGAUUCCUUACCUGGAGCACCUGGAGAUGUCCUACUACACACGCUGAGCGCAGAAGAUCCUUUGUGGAAUAGCAUCUUGGACAUUCUGGACUCCUUUUUCGUUAAUCCUGUCGAGAUGAACCUAUCAGCCACGGAGACUAUACUUGAUUUAGCAGUAUGCGGGUAUAUAUCUGUCGAGGGAUGGCUUAUGCGACAUCCAAGAAGAUAUUCGUACGAUGGAGAUACUGAUGAAUCUACAUCUUUCCCCUUAGACCCCGAAUCACCUUCAUUUGCUGAUACCGAGAAGUUAAAAGAAAUUGAAAAGUGUCGUCGUUGGCCUGUGUGGCAGUCAUCGGCCUUGCCACGUAUUUUCACUGUUCUAGAAGCGCUUGCUGACCAAGUUGAUUACUUCCGAGGUUCGGUACCGCGAUUCGAGGAACUCUUGCAGCAACGCCGUGAAGCCUUCCAAACGGCUGAUACCGUUAUACCAAACCAGAAUUUUCGGCCAACCUCCACCACGGGAGCCUCUAUACCAGAUCAAACAAGUCAGGAUGGAUCACGUGCGGCAUCCCCACAGCGUCCCAGUGCACUUGAGGGGUUUGCGCAGAGGAUAUUGUCCGAAUUUGGAAGUCCAAGCCGGUCAGGUAGCCCACGUGGGCGGAAGGAGACAAUUCGAAGCUCGAGUACAGGAUCAGGAACAUCAGGGGGGCAAGGGGUUACAUCACCAACUCCCAAAUCAGUACAACCUCCACCGAAAGAAUUUCCUCUAAACUAUGAUAAUCCGUCCAAGAGCGGACUGGCACGAUCGCUCUCUCCCGGGAGUCAGCAUUCUGGUAACGAUAGUCCGAUAGUUAGCGAAGCUGCUGCAUUCGCAGCAGUCGAUCAAGGGAUUCUUGCCCGACAAGUAAGCUUACCGGCACAAAAGAUCGAACCAAUUCCAUUAGACUUUGAACGAAAGAGUUCCAAUGCUACGGCAGAUGUCGAAGAGGAACAGGAAGGUGGAAACGAAAGGAAAUCAGAUACUACAGAAGACCAGUAUAGUAAAGAUGAGAGUGAUGUUGCGGACCAGUCCAUUGCCCCAACACCACCCGAGACACCACCCGAAGUAAAGACAGUUUCGGUCUCACACAUUCUCACCAAUGUUAUUAUCUACCAACAGUUCUUAUUGGAAUUGGCGAGCCUGGUUCAGGUCCGGGCAGGUCUAUUCAACGAGGUUAGAUUUGCUUAA